CCAAACAACAUGGUGGUCAGUGGACCAAAAUAAUAUAUUUUUCUCAAAAAAUCAUCAAAAUCUAACGUUAUUUGUGAACGGAUUUUUCUAAAAGCAGGUGAAACGAUCGACAUGGUUCUUUUCAACAAUAUUGUUGUUGGUCAGCGAGUUGAGGUGAAGUACGAAGGGAAGAUAUGUAAAGGAACAGUUCGCUACAAAGGAGGCGUUGGUAAUCAACCUGGGGAAUGGGUUGGAGUUGAACUUGACUCUCCAGUUGGUAAUCACAAUGGCUUGUACCAUGGUCGGCGCUACUUCCAGUGUCCAGAUAAACAUGGUAUCUUCGCUGAUGCAAUUAAUAUCAGGUUCAUGAUGCUGAAAAGAUGUGUAUUUAACAGAUACAAGUCAGUCGAGCGAGAUGCCAGCCGUCAUUGUGAAGAAAAAUUAUUCACCAACACAUGUAUCCCAGGAUCAAGUGAGUGCGAAAAUCCAGCGUUUUACAAGAAGCAAAAGGCAGGCGGUUUUCUCAAUACCAGGGAGCGCCAAAGACCUAAAACUGCAGAUUUCCGCCUGUCUCACUCCGUAAGCAAUACAAUGGCACCUGCCACAAGAUUUCAGCCGCAGUCUGCUCGUCUGCCGUACAAAUGGGAUGCAGAUCUGUCGCGGUCCAGCUCCUUUCGGCAGGAUGGAGAAGACGAUGUCUGGAUCAGCACGCCAACGGUUCCAAAGACGCACAUGCCGCAUUCUGUUCAGUCGUAUUUAACUCGCAAGGGUUGGGGAGACCAUAAACUGAUUAGAGAAAGUACGGUCGCAACUUUUAGAGACAAUUUCCGGAGGAAAUAUUCAAAUUCUAUUUCCUUCUGAGUUUGAAAACAGCCACAAGAGACAAAGCAAUAGUGAUAUCUCAUUCAGCAGUGGAGGAUAUCCUUCAGGCAAAGGCGGUACUUGAAAUAUAGCUGCUUUUGUCAACAAAGGCUACUAGAUUUUUCUAUCAAACGGGCAACCAAUUGUUGCCGUCAGUUUGCCGUUUAGCUACAAGAACACCUUGAAUAUCGAUGUACUGCUGUUCACGUUUGUAUAAGACUUUGACUGUGACAGACACUCGUGCACUGGCCUCCUAAAAGAGGAGUGUUGGUACACAGUAGUUUCAGUAGGAUGUGUGUGUCUAUAACGAAUGUAUGUAGGAACAAUGCAAUUCAUCAUGACAUUCUUUUCUGUGAUAAAUAUGAAUAAAUUAUCAUUCUACAUGUA